UGGUAAUCCAUUCAAACAUCGUGUCGACCCCGUCUACACCGUCCUCCGCAAAUUCUGGCACUGCCGCAGAAGGUGCCGCCGACUUCGACAAGAAAGCAGAAUUGAAAAUCCAACGAGAUGCGAAACACAUGAUAAUGCUUGAUCCAGCAUGGCUGGAAAAGUCCGAUGAAGGAGACCGCAUGGACUACUUCUUUCGAACUCUGGCUCCCAUAUAUGCUCUUAGAGUUGCCCUACCGAUUCCGAAAACGUCGCCCGGUGUAUUGGAAAUUCCUCACCAGGGUUGGCAUAAUUUGUUUUUGAAAGCAAACUUCAAGCCAGAUCACGUUGAAGAGGAGUAUCGGAAGGACAUGCUCAAGUUUCUAGUUGAUCUGCAUGAGUAUACUGUCCUCAUACAUGCAAGAGCCAUGCAUGAGAAGUUGUGGACAAAUUGCUCUGAAUUCUUUCUGCUGGCCCUUGCCUUUGACAAGAAUGAACACAAGCCUUGGUAUGCUGUCAAGCCCCCUCGAUCCACGAAACAAAGCGUCGAAGCCGCGAUAGAUUCUGGCGAGAAAGAAGACAGCAUCGAUCCCGCAAUUGUACAAGCGUGCCGAAAGGAGUUGGAGACUAUGGAUGAGAAAUUUAGUGGAUUGGUUGAUCAUGCAAAGUCCGUUCCCCAAGCGCUUCGAUAUCAGGAUCCCGACACGUUCCGCAAGAUGAAAAUGGAAUACGUAAUAAGGCAAAAGGAGCUGAAUGGAGAAAAGUGUGACUACAGCCGUUGGGAUGCAAUGAUAACUCUAGCGACUCGCCCAGAAGACAGCGUAUUCGAGGACCAGCAGAUGGUCAAAGAGAGCAUCUGGAGAAUGUACAGAGAAGGGCCUCUUGAAGUGAGCAACAGGCCAUACGAUCUUCCAAACGCUUCGAAAUGGCUCCAACUUUCAAUCAACAUCCGAGCCUUCUGUCUGCAUGCAGGCUGUUCUGAUGUUGGGAGCGAUCCGUUGGAAAACGUUCAAAAUCUGCGAACUUAUGUCUCAACUCAGAAACUCUUCCAAACCAUGGACCUCUACGACAAAAUCUAUGAACUGGAAACUGACAACAGGGAAAAGGAAAAUAUAAUUGUUUGCCUCUCAUUCCGGCAUCUGAUUGAAAAGUACAUUAGCGAUGUCAAGAAUUCCAAAGGGAUUGAGAUCAAAGACUCAAGCACAAGGUGGGAAAAGGUGUGGACGGAAAUCUGGAACAAAGCUCCAGCACAGGACGCAGCUCACCCAAUGCGCAAGUUAUUGGAGAACAACCCAGAUCCUCGAGACAGAAAUGAUAUCAAGAAACUUGGUGACAACUUAUAUCACAGCUUAAGUGGUGAAAUCCACAAGUAUCACGAGGGAAAGGUAGAGCUCAAGGCGUACAAGGGUAGUACUUUGGGACGUGAGAUGCUGGCCGCCUUAACACCAGGAGCUGGAAUCAACAUAAAGCUGGACUGGAAGGAAGCAAGAGGAGAACUAGGCUACAAAAAGUAGCAAAAAGGAGAGGUUCCGGGGGCUUGCUUAAACCUAAGCUAUGUUCAUGUUUUGCUCUCUCAUAGACGGUGGUGAUUUGAAAGGAAGAUG